UCGAUUUUAUCGUGAUACCUUCUGUGUACAUGUCGGAAAGCCUCAUAUGCGACGUGGCUAUUAGUGCGCCUGUAGUAGAAGAGGCUGCAAAGGAACCCGCAAAGGAUGAGAACAACAUUGGGAACAAGCUGUUGAAAAAGAUGGGAUGGUCAGAGGGGACUGGGCUUGGGUUGAGUGGUGAAGGAAGAGUGGACCCGAUGUAA